AUGAACUCCAUCCAGUGCAACAACGGAAUCAACAACAGUUUCGAUAGCUUAAGCCAAGAUCUCGGUUUAUACUCCUUGGAGCUGGCUCGGAUCGACUCGUCUAAGGCUCCGGUGGAGAUGGAAGAGGAUGAAGAGGUGGUACCGACUGAGCUCAACACGAUUAAUAGCAUGGCAGGGUUCUUGGUGGUGGCGCCUGAUAAGUUGUCGAUGAAGUAUACUGCCGUAAGCCUCCAUGGCCAUGAUGUCGGUGUGGUUCAAGGCAAUAACCCGAUUCUUGUAAAGUGUCUGGAUUAUCACUUCGAGAUUUAUUUGAAGGACGUUGGAGUCAAGGGUCAAACUGCUAUUGUAUUCACCAGUGAAGGCUUCAAGAUGCGCAGACAAUCGGGGUGGGAAGUAAACAAUUGCGGGUAUCAUGGGGAUGAUAGUAGGCUCUAUCAUGGGCAAGCAAAGGGAGAUGCUUUUGGUCUAACAUAUAAAACAGGAGAUACGAUUGGUGGCGGCAUAAACUUUGCUUCACAGAUAUCUUUGGUAAAAAUGAACUCCAGCCAGUGCAACAACGGAAUCAACAACAGUUUCGAUAGCUUAAGCCAAGAUCUCGGUUUAUACUUCUUGGAGCUGGCUCGGAUCGACUCGUCUAAGGCUCCGGUGGGGAUGGAAGAGGAUGAGGAGGUGGUACCGACUAAGCUCAACACGAUUAAUAGCAUGGCAGGGUUCUUGGUGGUGGCGCCUGAUAAGUUGUCGAUGAAGUAUACUGCCGUAAGCCUCCAUGGCCAUGAUGUCGGUGUGGUUCAAGGCAAUAACCCGAUUCCUGUAAAGUGUCUGGAUUAUCACUUCGAGAUUUAUUUGAAGGACGUUGGAGUCAAGGGUCAAACUGCUAUUGUAUUCACCAGUGAAGGCUUCAAGAUGCGCAGACAAUCGGGGUGGGAAGUAAAUAAUUGCGGGUAUCAUGGGGAUGAUGGUAGGCUCUAUCUUGGGCAAGCAAAGGGAGAUGCUUUUGGUCUAACAUAUAAAACAGGAGAUACGAUUGGUGGCGGCAUAAACUUUGCUUCACAGGAAUUUACAAAAAAAAUGAGUUUAUGA